UAUCUCAUUCACAAACACUACUGAAUUCAACAUGGAGGGCUACAAAAGAUUCCUUAUGAUACUAACUGGGAUUCUGUGUUUGGCGCUCCUGGCGAUCGAAGUGGCAGACUAUCAGCUGGAUGACUUUGUGCUCAGCUCGCACCUGAGCUACUGGAAGCACCGACCACGCUCGUAUCAUCCAGAAUCUUGGGAGCGGGGAAUCAACAUCCUGGUGGGCAUCUACAUGGCCAUCCUUUAUAUGCUAUUCCGGCUGAGGGAGCACAUGAGGCUGCAGAACCUGAAGGACAUCCGCCGGCAACAGGAGUUCGAGGACCUCUUUCGUAUGGAAACUGAGUUUAUUGAGCAGCUGCGAUCCCAAGGCGUCCAACUGGAGGAUGCCACUUUGGAUUCGAGCUGCGCAUAAUCGUCUUGUCGGUCGCAUUCAGGAGCCAAUCAAAUUUUCUCGUUAAUGCCGCCGCCUUGGACAAUGUUAAUGUUUGAUUCAGAGAGUGCGAGUAUAAAUAUACGUAUAUAUCGCACGGCUUGAUUGCCCAGAAUUGAAUUCAACAUUUGCGCGCCGGGGCGGGCGCUACACCUACACAGCUCAAUUACCCGGCAGAUCCAUUAUAAUCCUCCUCGGCCGAGUUGAACGUGCCCGACUGACAUUACUACACACAACACUCCACAUAUGUAUACUAAGUACACAUAUGUCCAAUAUGUAUACACUAUAUACGAACUGUUCCCGCCGGCCGUACACUUCCAAUAGUUCAUUGUUUGGUUCUGCACAUGAGUAUAUUUUUAUCGCGCACUAUGCUCUUUCUCGC